UUGAGUGUUUGAACAGUUAAACUGAAAACAUCUUAAAUUUUUAAAAAAAAAAGCUGGGCAAAAAACAAAUGACAACUUUGACAAGUAUGAACUUGAGUGCAGUUGAGUGUGACCAGAGCAGAGCAGGGCUGAAGGAUGCAGUUCCUGAGAGGUUUCCAAGGGAACUGGGUGAGUGAGGAUCCGAGGCUGAAUGACAGGGAUUGUGGCAGAGCAGCAGACCAGAGCAGGCGGAGGAAUAGAUGAAGGGCCAGAGUCAGGGGCAGCAGGACUGAGAGAACACAGAGAAUGAGGUUAGUCAGGGAGCAAAGCAAAAACAACUUGCAAACAAGCAGAAAUGAGGCUGGAGCGUAGCAACACAAACUGGUCAAUGAGACUAUGAUCUGACAGUGUGGAGAUGGCAGAGCUGAGUAUUAGUAGGGAUCUUGAUUGCAGUGAUGAUGUGCAGCUGGGGGCUCCACCCUGACUCCAGCACACCUGCACGCAAUCAGACACACAGAGAGAGAAAGGGAAAGGGAGACAGCAGGUUACUGAGGCACUGAUGAAGGUCCAGGGGCAGAUAUAACAUCUAUCUCUGUCCAAAGAUGGUUUUUGAAGAGUCAGACCGCUCCGUCCAUUGUCGGUGUCAGCGUUCAAAACCAUAUGCUGUCAACUACCCUCCUCUCCAGUGCGCCUGCGCUCCCUCUCCUCCUCCUCCUCCUCCCCCCUCCCUCCCUCCGUCGGUGUGGCUCCGUUCUCUACCUGACAGCUCGUCGGAAGACAUGCACAGAACCGAGCCCCGGGCUCCUCACCAGCAGAGAUAAAGGGCCGUGCAGGUCUGGGGAUCGGGAGUAUCGCUGGAUACAGAGCGGCUGUUGUCCUGAGCAUCCUGCUACACACAGCGGCAUGGAGAGCUCCUGAUCCCGGCAGGAAGCCUGGAAGAGCACAGCUAUUCUUCCCUCGUCUCAUCUCGGAUCUGCUUGGAUAUUUCGAGGCCUGACCAUGUCUGCGAGAGAAAAGGGGAUCCUGACCAAAGACAGUGUCAGCCUGCUGCCCUGUUUCUAUUUUGUAGAGCUGCCGAUCCUGGUAUCGUCCGUGGUCAGCCUGUACUUUCUGGAGUGGACGGAUGUGUUCAAGCCGGUGAAGUCUGGUUUUAACUGCCAUGACCGCAGCCUGAGUCUGCCCUACAUCGAUCCCAACCACGAGGUCAUUCCCCUGCUGAUGCUGCUCAGCCUGGCCUUCGCUGGACCCGCCAUCACGAUAAUGAUUGGAGAGGCCAUCCUGUUCUGCUGUCUGUCUCGAAGGAAGAGCGGUGCCGGAGCCGAGGCCAAUAUCAACGCUGCUGGCUGCAACUUCAACUCCUUCAUACGCAGAGCCGUCCGCUUUGUUGGCGUUCAUGCAUUCGGUCUUUGUGCCACGGCCCUCAUCACUGACAUCCUUCAACUGAUGACAGGCUACCCAACACCCUACUUUCUCACCGUGUGUAAACCUAACUACACCACGCUCAACAUCAGCUGUGAGCAGAACCCCUACGUCAUGGAGGAUAUCUGCUCAGGUGCCGACCCAGCAGCCAUCAAUCAGGGCAGAAAAUCCUUCCCAUCGCAGCACGCUACCCUAGCAUCAUUCGCCGCUGUCUAUGUUUCGAUGUACUUCAACAGCACUCUGACUGACUCAUCCAAGCUGCUCAAGCCCCUGCUGGUCUUCUCCUUCAUCAUCUGUGCCAUUAUUUGUGGUCUGACCAGGAUUAUUCAAUACAAGAACCACGCCAUCGACGUCUACCUGGGAUUCCUGCUUGGAGGAGCUAUCGCUGUCUACUUGGGGCUGUAUGCAGUUGGAAACUUCCAGCCUAGUGAGGAGUCCAGCACCAGCCCCCCUCCCCAGCUCCACCGGCCCCCUUGUUCCUUACCCCACAUCAGCCAGGAAGCAGUCCUCCACCACCUGCAAAUGAAAGCCAGCAUGGCUGGGGAGGCAGGCAUCCCUACAUCCCACUCUGAGGGCCUUCUCCACCGAGGCCUCCAGCAGCAGAGGCCUGAUGACAGCCUGAAGCGCUCCAGUGCAGAUGCGGAAGUGAUCUCCCCCCGCAGCCCCCAGAGCAAAGACGCCAUGUUGACCUUUAGCCACACCCUUCCUCGAGUCCACACCCCCCAGGCUAUGGCAGCAUAUGAGGAAGCAGCCAGACGUCAUGCUGCCACCCUCCACCAUGCCUCCAUGGACUCCAGCCGCUCAAAGCAGCUUUUGUCUCAAUGGAAAAGUAAAAACAACAACCACAAAUGCUCCCUGCAGGUCCCAGACUCAUUCUCCUCCUCUGUAGACUCGUCAUCUGGCCAGUCCUCCCAGCAUCCACACCACCAUGGCAGCAUGGAGCUCCGAUCCAGCUCUGAGCCAUCGGCUAUGGGCCUGAAUGGAGGCUUUGAUGCUCAUGCAUAUAUGUCCAAACUGGCCACAGGUGCAAGUACCACUCUUCCCAGUAACUGCAGUGGCAUUACCGGAGGGGCCAGGAUAUCCAUGCAAUCCAGACCUGGGUCUUCACAACUGGUCCACAUACCAGAGGAAGCUCAUGAGAAUUACAACACCACCUCCCCACGGACAAUGGGAGGAGGAGGAGGAAGUGAGGGGAUGUCGACAGUAAAUAGCACAGUUCAGGCUAACUGGCAAAGGGCGGCAGAGAAGACUGCAGCCUGCAGGACUAACGAUAAUGGGCAGAACACCCAGCCACGAAUCAUGCAAGUGAUUGCUAUGUCAAAGCAGCAGGGCUUACUACAGACCCAUUCCAAGAGCUUAGAUGAGAGCAGUAUAGGCUGCAGCACCACCGGAAGUUGCCAGGGCUCGGCUCGCUACAGGGGGCUAACUGACCAAGACCCCAACAGCGCUACGGGGCCCAGCUCCCUGGGCAGCACCACAGGCAGUAUUUCAGGGAGCACCGGAGCAAUUGUCAGAAUAGAGGCCCACCCUGAGAACAACAGGCCAGUGAUCCAAGCUCCAUCCACAGAUGGAAGUGGAUCAUGGAGGUGGCGGUCCCUGGAUCAUGGCACCGGAGCUGGUGGAGGUGCAGGGAGUGCAGGAGGAGGAGGUGGGAGUUUGAGGCAGUCCUUUGAGCUCAAUGAUCUAAACAGAGACUCAGAAAGUUCAGACUCAAUACGUGAAGGGUCCAUUGACAGGAAGCGUGCCAAUCAUAUUGUUACCACCACUGCCACUGUUAGCACACCACCUAUAGUUACUGUCCACACCCAGAGCACCGGCCAGUCAGAGCAGCGGCUCCAUCCCCAAGGCCUGUCUACCAUAAGGGUCACCCCAGGGGAUGGUAGUGGUAGUGGAUCCGGAGGAGGUGGAGGUGGAGGAGGAGGAAGUGGAGAGACCGCCUCAGAAACCCCCUCAGUCACCUCUAGUCGUGAGUCAACGCUGCGGAGAAAGGGCAAUAAUAUCAUCCUAAUUCCAGAGAGAGCCAACAGCCCAGAUAAUGCCCGGAACAUUUUCUACAAGGGGACAUCGAUAACUCCUGUUUUCAAGGAAUAACUUAGGAAAUGACUGCUUUCAUGGAAUGAUGGGAGGCUUCAGAGAUAAUAAGGCAAGGCAGCUGGAUUUUUGAGAACCCCAUAUCUGUGUCAACAGUCAGUAUUACCAUCCAUUGUAUAUAUCAUAAUAACUUCAAAAGAAAAGGUUUUAUUCAGCAUGAGAUUUUGUACGUGUCUACACUAAAGCACAACCUUUUAAGUGUUAUAGAAAUAAUCACUGUGUACUUUUGUGGUCACUCCUAAGGAUACCUAUAGUAAUGUCAAUGCUGUGCCAGUGGUUUGAGGACAGGGGAACCUUUUUUUAAACAGUGCUGUAUGUUUUGGAUAUAAAUCAUCACAAAAAAGAAAAAAAGCAAGUAGCACAGAAAAUUUCAAACUGUGGCAAACUACUGCAAAAUAAUUGUAUCAUAGCUGUGAAACCAAUGUUUACUUCCCUGCACUGUAAAUACUGUGUAUGUUUGAAAAAGGGUGCUACACCUGAAAAUACUAUUUACUAUACAACAUACUGUAUAAUUUGAAUAGAUAAAGAAUUAAUUAUUUUACAAAAAGUAAACAACUAUGACAUUAAUAUGUAACAGAGAUAUGUUUUGUAUUUCGUCUUUCUGUACAGAUACCACAUACUCAACAGAAUACUGUUUUGAACCAUAAGUGUGCUUAGCAUUCCUUCUGUAGCUAUGAAGUCAAAUAUGCUGUGACUUGCACUGAAAUAUGCGUUUACUGUACCUUGUAUACUGUAAACCCUGACCUUACCUUUAUAUCCUGUACCUACAUUUGGAUGUCCAUAUCAAUCCCAUAUCUACUGCACAAAAAGCAGCAAAAAGUGGAAUAUUUUGCUUCUUUAUACCAUAGGAUAAUUAGCACAUUUCCAAAAAUUAAAUGCAAUACUUGACCUCAAGCUUUCCACCUGAAUUUGGCAGGUUUCAUUCUGCCUAAAGGCUGUCUUUUUAGGUUUUAAAAGGAACGCGUAAGCAUUUUGAGAAAUAAUUGCACCACUUACUUUUCUUUUCCAAAGCAACAGCAGCUUAGUAUUUAGAGGCAUCUGCCAUGCCAAACUGACAAAAUAUUCAUUUUGAAAGAGGAUUUGACAAUGAGAAAAAAUACUUACAGAACCAGACUUCACAACUUCUACUGUAUAUCAGUUUCAUCUCUGUGUCCAUCAUGAAAGUAGUUGGUUUGAGGUAAUUUUUUGUUUGUUUGUUUGUUUGUUUUUUGCUUAGCUUAGCAAAAAGACUGGCAGUAGGAAUAAUGUAUUAAAGAAAACAACUCCAUAGCUGUCUUACUAACAUUCUGUAUCUUGUUAUAAAGCAAUCUAAUCGCACUGAUCCAUCCAAGAGUCACCAGGAUUGUGUUGAGAGGACUGCAGUCACCAAGCAGCUGUUGAUUCAUACAUAGCUCAAAAACCCAAAGUACCACAGUGUCUCUUUACUAUUUCUACUGAUUGUAAAUAAACAGGUUGAUGGAUACCAUGUUUUUUACUUUGGAUGGAGACUAGCAAUUUCCCCCCGGUCCCAGUCUUUGUGCUAUGCUAGGCUAAGAAACAUCUUGGCGCUAUCUCUGUACUGGACGCACAGAGAUGAGACUGACAUUGAUCUCUUCUGACUCUAUUUCAGAUAGCAAACAAGUAUAUUUCUGAAAAUAUUUCAGUGUUCCGUUGAUUCAUUUUCUUAUUAGACAUCAUUUUAGAUGUUGUUUAAAAGCAGAAUGCUCUGUAAAUCACUAUAGAUGGUACAUAGUAGCAAAAAUCUCACUUGAUUUGUUGUAGCCUACAUUUGCAGGUCCUACGAGUAGCAUUUUUCAACAAGAAUAUAUAAUGUUGCUGUCAAAUUGUAAUACCUCAGUCUAAUUAUCAUCAUCAAAUGAAAACUUACUGACAUCUUUGGCUUUGCUGAUCAGAAUAAGCAUGUAAGAGAUGAUUAUUGCUGUUUAGCACUCCUUCCACCAUCUGCCAUAUACACUGGAAGAAUGACUCCUUCGUCCAGUGUUGUGCUGUAAAGUGAUUUCCUUUAGUGCCAUCAAGCAACCAGCAGAUUUUCUACCAAGUCCAACCCAGUGUGUCAAAUGCUUUGUAGAGGCCAGUUUAGGCUGCCAGUUCUUCUCAGCAGUCAUCUGGUUUGUUUACAGUGCUAGUGGUUGUCUCAAUAUGUUUUCUUCAUUUUCACAUGAAUAUACAGUACAUACAGGACGGUGACUGUUGGGAAAAAGCUAUGAGGAAUGUUUCUCAGUUAAGGAAUUACAAAUCUGUUUACAAUGGUUUACAUGCUGGUGCAUAUCACUAAUCAAUAUCUCAGUGGUUAAAUAAGACCCUGCUGGAUAUAAAAUAAAUUUGAUACUAAUACUCCAGUAUUGGCACCAAUUGUCCCAUGAAACUAUUUUGCUAGAGUGACUUGAGUAUCUGGAAAAAUUGCCAAAGCAAAGAAUUUUUCAUAGGAAAAGAAUAUAAAUCCUCAAAUGUAAUUUAAUUUUCUGUAUUUGUAUAGCAAGCCUGCAUUAUAUUGUACAUGAUUUAUUCUAUACCCCAGUGACAUUUGCAUGACCACUUUUCUAUAGUGCAUAUCACAAUUUUUUUUUAUCAUAAACGUGCUUUUAGUUUGAAUUCACAGAAGUGUUUAAUGGUAUGUUCUUUAUCUCUGUGUUUCCUAGUGAAAUAUGACAAUCUUUUUAUCUGAGUACUGUUGCCCCCUCAGGUCAUUACUACAGGCUGGUUUUCUUUGUUACUUAGUUGAUGCUGCCAUUCACUCUGUAUCCUAUUAAUUUGAAAUGUGCACAUGAUCUGGAGUUUUGAUUCAAGCUGAAUCAGUCUCUCAGAAAGAAAAACAUUAUGUAAAUUAGGUUUGUUGGAUUUUGGCUUGUACCCAUUACCACCAUAACAAUUCUGUACAGUACAGUAGAUUUGACUGCUCUCAGAAUGGCAAAACAUAAAACAGACAGAACAUUGGCUCUUGUGAGAAUUACAACGCAAUUAAGUUUUCAUUUUAACAUGAGUGAUCUAGAACUGUGGAAUGUCAGUCUCUUGACUGCAUAUAUGUUAGCCAGCUUGGCUAAUAGAUAUGUUCCUCACUGUUGUACCAAGGUGAAUUAUAUAGAAACGGCUCUAUGUUGAAAAGCCUUCAAAAGAUGAUUUGUUUCAAUGGCUUAGCUUUGACUUAAAUAUUCUAUUCAAAUACAGCUCUUAUUUUUUGAUUUUUUACUUCCCAUGCACAGUCAUGAAUGCAUAAGUAUAGAAUAGUUGAGUCAAAGUACAUUCUUUCAGAUGAUGACUGGAAAGAGAAUUGAGUAUGUUAUUACAGAUAUUUGGCUUUCUCAGCUUUUCAAAAACAUUCUACAUUAAAGGAUGAGGCUAGUGUUAUUUUAUAUUUUUUCUUAUUCUCAAAAAUACCAUGAAAAGUCCACAAACAACAAUGUGUUAGUCUGUCCUUCAAUGCUUCUGAUGCUAUCUGUGGCUCCUACUGAAGAUGUAAACUGUUAAAAACGUCUCACAGAUAUUGUUUCAUUUUUAAUUUCCUAAAACGUCACUCGCUCGUCACUGUAGUUUUUAGUAAACAUUAAUCAAACACAAGGAAAUAGUGCAUAAAUUUAGGACUACUUUCAGUGGCGGAUUAAUCCACAUUUGGUGCUCCAGUGAGUAUUUGUGGCAGCAGGAUGGUGUGUGUGGG